UCCUUUUGCGCUCGGCAGCCGCGGCAGCAGGAUGGGGAAGUGCCGUGGUCUCCGCACCGCUCGCAAGCUGCGCAGCCACCGCCGCGACCAGAAGUGGCACGACAAGCAGUACAAGAAGGCGCAUCUGGGCACGGCGCUGAAGGCCAACCCCUUCGGCGGCGCGUCCCACGCCAAGGGGAUCGUCCUCGAGAAAGUUGGAGUAGAAGCUAAACAGCCCAACUCUGCUAUCAGGAAGUGUGUGAGAGUCCAGCUCAUCAAGAAUGGCAAAAAAAUAACAGCCUUUGUUCCUAAUGAUGGUUGCCUGAACUUCAUUGAGGAAAACGAUGAAGUGCUGGUUGCUGGUUUUGGUCGGAAGGGUCACGCCGUUGGUGACAUUCCUGGAGUUCGCUUCAAGGUUGUCAAAGUAGCCAAUGUUUCUCUGUUGGCCUUGUACAAGGGCAAGAAAGAGAGACCAAGAUCAUAAAUUUCUAUUAACUUGCCAAGAAUAUCAAUAAAAUUUUUGAUUGGAA